AUGGGGGACAACGAGGGGGAAGUUUUGCGGGGGACUUUCCCCAGCCUCUUGGCUGAAGGAACCAUGCUUAGCCGACGCGGGGAGCUCACCAAAGCUCUGUCCUACUACACUUACGCCUUACAGCUUCAACCUGGCGACAGAAACUGCCUUGUUGCCCGUUCAAAAUGCUACUUGAGACUUGGAGAUACACAAAAUGCCCUAAAAGAUGCAGAAGCCUCUCUGACUGCUGACAAAGAAUUUACUAAGGGACUGUAUCAAAAAGCAGAAGCUUUGUAUACCAUGGGAGAUUUUGAAUUUGCUUUGGUAUUUUAUCAUCGAGGGCACAAGCUCCGCCCUGAUUUGCAGAAAUUCAGACUGGGUAUUCAGAAAUCCAAAGAAGCAAUUGAAAAUUCAGUUGGAAGCCCAUCAUCCGUGAGAUUGGAGAAUAGAGGGGACCUCUGCUUUCUGAGUCGCCAGGCAGAGAGUAAAAAAGCAAAGCAGAAACUUCAUAUCAAAAAGGAUUCAAAAUACUUAACUAAACAACAGGUCCCCGAAAGGAAUGAGAAGAUGGAAAGGCAGCUCCUGGGAGAGCUCUAUGUUGACAAGGCUUUUCUGCAAAAACUGCUCAAGGAUGAAGAGUUGAUCAAAAGUGUAACCAAGCAGGGAGUAACUGUUGGAGACUUACUUAAUGAGGGUCUUUCCUACCUGGAUACUCGCACAGAUUUCUGGCAGCAACAAAAACCUAUUUAUGCCCGGAUCAGAGAUCGCAAGCUUAUGUUGAAAAGAUGGACCCGAGAUCAGAAGCGGAAGCCCUCUGAGGUGGCAAGAUACAUACUAAAGAGCAUGGAGGACAUUGAUAUCCUGCUGACCAGUGGCUGCCCUGAAAGAAGUUUCCAGAAAGCUGAGCAAGUACUGAAAAAAAUCCAGAGCUGGUCCGAUGAUGAAAUUCCCAACAGGAGUGAGCUGGUUGGAAAUCUUUACAGCUGCAUUGGAAAUGCUCACAUUGAGAUGGGGAAUAUGAUAGAAGCUUUGCAGAGCCACCGGCUAGAUUUGGAUAUUGCCAAAGAAAACAACUUGACUGAUGCCAUCUCCAGAGCUCUUGACAACAUUGGUCGGGUAUAUGCCCGUAUGGGCAACUUUCAAGAAGCCAUUGACACCUGGGAGGAAAAGAUUCCUCUUAUGAAGAGUAAUUUGGAGAAAACUUGGCUAUUCCACGAAAUUGGCAGAUGCUACCUAGAACUCAACAAAGCAGCUGAAGCUCGAGAUUAUGGUGAAAAGUCCUUGCAGUGCGCGGAGGAAGAGGGAGAUAUUGAGUGGCAGCUCAAUGGUGGGGUACUGGUGGCACAGGCACAGGUGAAACUGGAGGAUUUUCAGUCUGCAGUCACAUACUUUGAAAAGGCUCUAGAGAAGGCAAAACGUAUCCACAAUGAUGCAGCUCAGCAGGCAAUCAUCAUUGCUUUGGAUGAAGCCAACAAAGGGUUCAUCAAAGAGUUGAAAGAAGAACAGAGACUUGAGAGGAUGCGUGAAUUAAAAGAGUUAGAAGAUGAGGAGGAGGAGGAAGAGAAGGAGGAGGCCCUCAAGAGAGAUGCAGCUGAUAAAGAAAAAAAGGAGGAAGCUGAAAAACCUGAAUCUGAAGAAGUGAAAGAGGUAUUACCCCAAGAAGAAGAAGAAGAAGAGGUAUUACCUCAAGAAGAAGAAGAGGUAUUACCUCAAGAAGGAGAAGAGGUAUUACCCCAAGAAGGAGAAGAGGUAUUACCCCAAGAAGGAGAAAAGGUAUUACCCCAAGAAGGAGAAGAGGUAUUACCCCAAGAAAGAGAAGAGAUGCCUAUGCCUGAGAAUGGGGAACUACAACAGAUGGAGGGAGAACCAGAUCAAGGAGAAACUCAAAAGAAAGUAGAGGAACAGGAAAAAACUGGGGAAGAGUCUGAGAAAGUAUUAGAACCUGACCCAGAAAAACUAACUGAAGAAACUACAGGAUAAGACUGGUGAAAAUUGCUUUUGGUUUGUAAUUUAGGAACUGUUUUCUUGUAAUCCAUUUUGCCUCACAAUAUUUUCUCCCCACAUUAUUGCUUGUGAUG